AUGGAAACCGUCAAUGUCGCCGAAUUGGUGGAGCGCCUGCGCAGCGAUGAAGAUGCAGUGCGCAAAAUGGCCGUCUUCAAGCUCCAGGGCAACAUCGGAGACCCAUCUUUUGCGGACAUAUUCAUCGCCGAGGGAGGCUUGAUCCGAUUGCGCUACCUUGCCCUUCAUGCAAGCGGUAACACCCUAGCAUACAGUCUCACCAGCUUCUCGAGGCUACUUGACGUCGACAAGGGGUGGGAGUGUGUUGAUCAGGAGUUGGUAGAACGGAUCGUUGAGCUGAUCGUCACCCAUCCACUGGUCAACAUCCUCCGCGGCGCUAUGUCCAUUCUUGUCUCCAUUGUUUCCCACCCGUACAUCGGGAACCGCUCGUCGCAGACAGACCACUUUGGUUUCCGCGCUCUCAAACCUGCGAUCGCCAUAUAUCCCCAGUUUUUAGAGAUGCUUGUCAGUCGAUUAUCCUCUGCAGAUCACGCGCUUUGUGCCAAUGCGCUCCAAUUGAUCAACUCGCUCAUGCGCGACUCAAUCACUCACGAUUCCGAGGCAGAGUGGCCCAAGUUUAUACAGAAACUGCAGGAUCUGGGAGUUAUUAGAGCAGUCUAUGUCCUCAUGCAGGAUUCAGCUCUCCAGGACCUGGCACAUCCGCUGCUUGAAUUUCAGUCUCUCACCAAGGUUCUGCUCCGGAAGUGGCGAGAUAUCCCAGUCAACCAGGAGAAACCCGAGCAUCGCCGUGCGCUGAAGGCGAUUCACUUGGCUAGCAACCUAGAGAAAAGCUCCGAUACGGCUGUUGAAAAUGGCGAUGACACACGGCGCUCCAAACGACACCAUCCAGAAAAGUGGAGACGACUUGGGUUUGAGACGGAAAGUCCGGCAGUGGAAUUCAGUGAGGUCGGUUUCCUAGGUAUGAUGGAUCUCGCGGACUAUGUCCGUAGUCACGGGGACGAGUUCCAAAAUAUGCUCCUGGAACACUCUACGAAGCCAUCCGGACAACGAUGUCCGAUUGCUCGGGCCUCAUUGGCCGUAACAUCUAUUUUAUACGAACAUUUCGAGGUGGAAAAGUCCGAAAUGGAUGACAACAAAACGUAUCUCAUGUCAGAGUCACGCUCAGGGUUUGAUAAAUUGUUUCAGCCAUUGCUAUUACACUGGACGCGCCUGCAUGUUGCCGGCCUACAGGCCUUCUUCCGGCUGUGGAAGGCGACUGCCGCCGAGGAAGAGGACCUAGACAAGAUUAUUGAACUCGUGCGUAUCCUCGUUGAGUCUGUGGUUGGCGGAGCUGCCCGCAUCAAAGACGUCCAGGAUGUCGAAGAGGAACUGGCCGAUUUUGAAUACAACCGAUUGCGCGGACUGCAAAUGGAACUCCUUGAACUCACGUACGAAGAUGCAUGGGGUCAGCACCUGCGACAGGUCCGCGAAGAACUUCAACAUGAAGCUCUCCAGUUUGUCAAGGAGCAACGAAUCCGAUCAUUGCUACAAGGUAGUUGGUUUGCUUUGGAGCCUCACUCGAAGCCCGAGUCAGGGCCAGUGCAGAAAUCUACUGCGACGUAUCAAUAUGCCCAACUCUCUCAUAAUCGACGAUACUUGCACUUCGGUAAAUUUGAUUUGAUGGGCGACCGGGCUCCAGAGUUGGACAGCUUGCCAGAAAAAAUUGAUCUCUCCACCGUAUCAUCUGUAGUCUCCAACGUUUCCACAAGCCCAGACCAUUCCUCCUCUGCGACAGUGAAGACAGGCCCCCGCCAACCUGCAACCAAAAUCACCAUCCAUGGCCACGCACGUCCGUCCACAGCUACCGCACAUGGAAAGAGUCACAACCACACUCGAUCCGGCAGCAGAACAACUCAGAAAGAGGUAGUUCUGCUCACAUUGCGGCCGUCCUCGCACAGCGUUGCAUCUGAAUGGUUGGACGGCCUGCUGAUGCUCCUCAACCAGCAGCCCAUCACCGCUGAGACAACUAAACUGAUUGACUUGGUCAGCAACUACGGGCUGAAAAUUCGCCUGCUCAAUGUGAGGUUUGACGAUCAUACCUUCGCAGGCGAGGCUCCCCAAGUUCCAUCGAGAGAUGGCUUGGAUGAAGACUAUUACUAUGAUGUAUUUGGAGGCGCAUAA